AUGCCCCUCCCACCCCUUUCCCCCACCCUGCAAUCCACCCACGCCCUUUUAUCCCAGCUCCUCCCCCGCCUAGCCCUGCGCAAACCACACAUCCCAUUCUGGCACCUCGCUACUCACCGGCUCCCCACCCUCGCGCUAUACAGGCGUCUCCUGCGCUUUGCUCCUUCUCCCGUGCUUGCCCAGUGGGUAAGAUAUAGAUGGAGGGAGGAACGGAGGGGGACGAGUCCUCAGGGAACGAGGGAGCGGCUGAGGGAGUGGGAGCGGUGUGCGCGGGUGUUUGAGCGCGCUGCUAUGGGUGGGGAUACGAAGCUAGUGGAACGUUACGAGAGGCUUGUGGUCGCCCGUAAGAACAGGGUAGAAGGGGAAUGGAUCCAGUCACUCGAACUAAAACGGAUGCACGACAUCGUCAACCGGCCCCGGCUCACAGGCUCGCUCGUCCUCCCCUCCCCGGCAAACAAGCCCUUCCCGCGACUGAAACCCCAGCCCCCGGGGUUGAGCGGUAUGAUCCGGUGGAGGAUUAAGGCUCGGGAGCGGAGGAUGGGAGCGGAUGCGCUAUAUAGGGUUUGGAUGGGCUGGGUGGGGGAUGAGGUCAGGGCGGAGAAGAUGCUGGGGUUGAGGGAGGGGGUGUGGGUCGGUCAUGAGAAGGAGUGGUUGGAUCCGAUGAGGGGGCAUUUGAAGAGUAUUGAUCGGUCUUUCGAAGCGGACGUAGCAAGGCAGCUCACACCGCCCGACCCAGCGACUCUAGAGAGGAUCAAGCAAGCCCGGAGAGAUCGGAUCUCCCGGCUUUCCUACCUGCGGCAGAGGGAGCUCCGGGGAGAAAUAACAGUCCGCAGCAUGCGCCGGAUGUCGCAGGGCCCUCCUGGGCCUGUGCUCCAGCGGAUGGGGGAGAAAGCGCGGUUGAGAGACAGAGCGGUCAGGGGGCCGGGGUGGGGCGGUUGGGUGGGCGAGUUGAAGAGAGCUAGGGGGACGAGGGAGCGUGGGAGAUGGUCGGAGGAGAGAUUGGCGAGGGAGAGGAGGAAGAGGGGGUUGUUGCCUUAG